AGCCCAGCGUGAGCGUGUCGUUUGAAAUUGUUUUUGAAUUUUUUCAUGAAUUAAUCCGGUUCAGCCCGGCGCGUCGGCGGCUGAGGUUCCGAGGUUCAUGUUUAAAGUCGUGUUUUUGUCGUGGACGGACCGGAAGCUGUGCAGCUAACCUGCAGCCCGGCUAACUGCGCUAACUGCGGCUAACUGCGCUAACAGGCUGCGGGGCUCCAGCCACUGUUUGAAAUACGAAGCGACUUCAGCGAACUGUCCCAACACGGGACCCGUAGGCAGGAGCAGGUAAACCGUGGAUGCGACGUGCGGGAAGCUAACGGCUAACAGAGCAAAUACCUCAGCAGAUGGAAACACAACAGCAGCAAGCAGCAAAGCAACAGGAAACAAAGCAGGAAGUGAUGUCAUCAGAACAGAAAGUAGGGAUGAAGAGGACGCAUGAGGAAGAGGAGGAGGAGGAAGGCUCACCCACUAAGAAACUGUGCUCGGAGCACAGUGUUGAAGUGGCCCGUCACUACAACAGCCUGCAGGAAGUCGGUCUCGCCGUGCGCAGCCAGAGCCGCAUCUUCCACAUGAGGAACUUCAACAACUGGAUGAAGAGCGUUCUGAUCGGUGAGGUCCUGGAGCAGGUGCGUCGGAGAGGCCAGGGCCAGCUGGCAGUGCUGGACCUUGGCUGUGGGAAAGGAGGAGACCUGCUGAAGUGGAAGAAGGGAGGCAUCAGCCACCUGGUCUGUGCAGAUAUCGCGGCGGUGUCGGUGGAGCAGUGCCAGAUCCGCUAUGAGGACAUGAAGAGGAAGAGCCACAGCCACGAAAAGGUCUUCAGCGCCCAGUUCAUCACCGCUGACUGUACCAAGGAAGUGCUGUCGGAGAAGCUGGACGACCCAGACCUGAUGUUCGACGUGUGCAGCUGUCAGUUCGUCUAUCACUACUCGUUUGAGAGCCAGCCGCAGGCUGAAAUGAUGCUGAGGAACGCCUGCGAGAGGCUGAAGCCUGGAGGCUUCUUUAUUGGAACCACGCCCGACGCCUACGAGCUGGUUAAACGGUUGGAGGAGUCGGACUCCCUGGCAUUUGGGAAUGAGGUUUUCAGAGUUUCCUUCCAGUCGAAAGGCUCCUAUCCUCUGUUUGGCUGCCAGUAUCACUUCAGUCUGGAGGACGUGGUGGACGUUCCUGAAUUCCUUGUUUAUUUUCCGCUGUUACAACAGAUGGCGAAGCGCUACAAUAUGCGUCUUGUCUUCAAGAAGACCUUCUCUGAGUUCUUUGAGGAAAAAGUGAAGAAGGACCAACAUCGCAGCCUGAUGAUGAAGAUGACAGCUCUAGAGUCCUAUCCGUGUGAUGAGCGCAGCCGGCAGGCAACAGACAGCAGAGGAGAGUACGACCACGCCAAAGAACACGCGGGCAGAGAUGGAGUCAAACUACCACUGGGAACCCUGAGCAGGUCGGAGUGGGAAGCAACCAGUAUCUAUCUGGUGUUCGUAUUUCAGAAGAUGUGCUAAUCCUGCCCUACAAUGCUGUUGCCGUGCGUGCAUGUGUGUGAGCAUCUGAGUGUGUGUGUGUGUGUGUGUGUGUGUGUGUGUUUGUAUGAACAUCUGUGUGUGUGUGUGUGUGUGUGUGUGUGUUUCUGUGAGCAUCUGAGUGUGUGUGAUUUUUUUUUUUUAAUUAAAUAUGAGUUCCAUUGGUCACUGAUGCUUGUUAGUUAAAUGGAUUAAAAUGUAAAAAAAAAAAAAAA